AUGGCAACACAAGCAAGUGAAGACAAGUCGCAUCCGAGACCUCCUUCCACGGAGCCCGACCAGAUGGAUCAAACAGCGAAGAGGCAACCAGCACAGCAACAGCCGCAAAAGGCAGAACCACCGCAUAAGACCGAGACGGAGGAAAAGAUUGAGAAGGAAACUCCACGGUUGGCUAGUGGUGCUGCAACGUCUACGUCGGAAUCUAGCACACAGCAGGACGGAUUCCAGCGCGUGACACGAAGAUCGAGAAGCCAACGACACAAUCCAGCCAAACAACUCGGACAAGUUGGGCAACAGCAGGUCGCACCUCAGAACCACCAAAACCGACAAGUGCAGACUAAGAGUAGCAGUGGGGCGCCUUCCGUGAAGCUAGAUAUGAACUUGGAUGUCGACAUUGAUCUUAAAGCAAAGAUUAAGGGCGAUGUAACGCUGUCUGUAUUGCCAGUUUCUCGGCAAGUCAAUAAAGCCAAUAUCUCGGAUCGAAUCGCCGUGGAGAGUUAA